GACUCAGCCAUGAAACUUGGAAGAGGAUGACUGGAAGGAGUUUGAGCAGGAAGAAAUUGACUAUAGUGGUCUCAGAGUUCAGUCCAUGCAAAUAAGUGAAAAAGACGAUGAUGAAGGUGAAAAGAGAGAAGAACCAAGGGAUUACAAUGAAGAACCUGGUGGUGGUGUGGAUAAAUCGUCCGGCCCAUGGAAUAAGUCUGCUGCUACACAAAACCCUGUUGUUGAAAUAGUUGAAAGCCCAGAGCCUGUCCAAUCCAGUGGGGUAUAUAGGCCUCCUGGUGCUAGAGAAACCAGGACACGGAAAACACCACAAGGACCCCCAGAAAUCUAUAGCGAUACACAAUUUCCAUCGUUGCAGUCCACUGCCAAGCAUGUAGAUUCCAGAAAGGAUAAAGAAAUGGAGAAGAGCUUUGAAGUAGUAAAACACAAAAAUAGAGGUAGGGAUGAGGUUUCAAAACCCCAGGCAACUAAACUUCAGCUAGACAACCAAUAUGCUGUGCUUGGGGAUCAGUAAAGCUGCACACACAUUACAAUUAAGGAAUGGUAUUUGAUACCUUUCCAGUCUAAGGUAACUAAACUACAGCUAUUAUGAACAUGCCGUCUCAUUUCUACUGGAUCUACUGCAACAAGUGCAGACUACUUUGACGUAAGUGAUUGGCUCUUCUGCACUGUGGAAGUAUGCUUAAUAUGGUACACCCGAUUUCUUCCUUGGAUGUAAGAGAGAUUAAUGUAAGUGGUCGAACAAGAGUCCCCAGUAUUUUGAUUACUCUGCAAAACUAUCGGCAGCCAGUGGUUAUUUCAAAUCUUUUUAUGUUCAGAUACUGAGCCUUCGUAAGGGUUGACUACCUCAGACUUGCUGCACUCAUUGUGGACACCAUGUGGAUCACAACUUCUGGAAAAGGUUACAACUCUUUAGUGGCCAUCUGAAACUCGAAACCAGCUCUACUGGAUUCCUCUCAGAAAUCCUGCAGAAGUCAGCCAUCUGGGUUCUGAUUUAUUAUAAAUAACAAAUUGAAGUGACCUUAAAUGAGCAACUUGUCCUGUGCCCCCACUUAUGACAUCCUCUCGUAUGUAGCCAUAACUGACUAGAAAUCUCUAGUAUAUACCACUUUCAGAAAUAUGCAGUGUACUGUUGAGCUGUAGUUUGUUUACCUUAAUUUGCUUAAAGUUAUCAGAAAAUACACAACCAGAUAGAAAAUGUAGGGAGACUAGUCUGCAUAUAUUAACUUUUUCAACUAUGUAAACUCUUAUUCAUUUUAAAAAUAUGCCUUUUCUGGCUUGAGAAAUUGCAGUAUAGUCAAGUAGCAGCAUGGAAUAUGCAGACUAUCCAUACUUAAUUUUUCCCCCCUUCUCUGGGGUUCAAGGGAUGAGGAUUUCUGUAGGUUUGCAUUCAGUGGCCAGAAAUGUCUGUGCUCCUUUAGCAUCUUGGAGCUUAUUGGGAAAAAAAAACAUACGCCAUGACGUUGUAUUAUGGCAACUAACAGCUGUUGAUCGCACACUAUUGUGUUUGCAUAAUGGAAGUAGCUACAUGUCAAGUGGAAAAUGUCCUUCGUCGUGGCUUACUGGUGGAAAUUUGGAAAUAUUUUGGGAAUAAGAUGUUGCAUUACAGCAUCUUUUCCUCUGCUGCCCAAAGAUUUAGUGAUGACUUCAGUUAUAGGUCAGUCUUCUGACCAGCUAUGUCCAUUUAUUUGGAGAGAAGCUAGUAUAAUAGUACUUUGUGCUAAGAUUCGUGCUAUAUUGUACUGUGUGAUAUUGACAGUGGUUAAAACUAUUCAGCGCCUAAAGAUGUUCCUGCAUAAAGGAAAGUAAUCCUAUUUAAUUUUUUCUCGCAUCCAAAAUUUGGUGUGACUGAUACCGAUAUUGUCUCUUAAGAACUGAUUAUUGGCAAUGAUGUCAAAUCAUUGGUUUAUAGAAGAACCAACUGUUUUCCCUAUCUCGGUGCUUAGAAUGGCAUUGGCCUUAUCCCUGUAAGGAAUUGCUCUCCAUAACCCAAAUGGCUACUAAACAGUUACAUUUUUAUAUAGAUAUAAAGGUAACAAAGCCAGGCUUCUGGGUGCUCAGAUCACUGAACGUAAACCUACAGCUGACACCAUUGAACUGAAUAUAUUUCCUGAAAUGUAUUUGCCAACAAAACAUUAGCAGGAUAUUAAAGCUGAAGAACUAAGAUUAUGUGGAUUUGUAUGUCACUUAAUGGCAUAGUGGAAACAUAAAAUUUUAAAUUCCAGCUUUGACAUUUUAUGAGGUUGUUAUUACACAGAAAUCAAGUUUUAAUAUACUAUGAUAGGGUAGAUGAAGCUGUCCUUUGUAUCUUCACUUGAGUUCUCGGGCAUGGUUGGCAGAGCAAAAAAAAACAUUGUAACAUUAAUAAAUAUAAUAAAUGGAAAUGUACAUGAAUUCUGGAGUCUAAUGAAUCUUUACACGUAGUUAUGAUGCUAUGCAUCAUUAAUCAUGAUAAAACUGAUGUAUGAUCAUGAAGUUGAAACUUGAAGCUGUAAUCCUAUGCAGGUUACUUACUCCCAAAUUCCUCUGAUCUCCUGAGUACAUGUGCUUAGACUUGGACUGUAAAUCAUCAGCUGUGCACUAUUGAUCAUGAUGGGUGUCCAUUCCUUUGACUAGCUUGGUAAAUCUGAUCAGUGUCUACCUCACCCUGCAUAUAUUGCCACUAGCAAACACCACAGAUUAAAGUGAUUUCCUUUUCUUGGUAAGGAAGCAGCACUGUUGAGGUUGGCAGUCAGUUAUUGGUACUUAAGCAGACAGCUUGCUUGUUGGUCCAUAUUAAAUUUCUUGUAACCUUAGAUUUUGGGGCUUUUUCAAAUGUAAGAUUUUUUUACACUGAAAAGAGCAUAGACAUUGAAACAAUUAGCAUAGACAUUGAAACAAUUCUUUUGUCUGUUUAAAUCACCAAAUAACUUCAGAAAACAAAGUACAACUCCAGAUCCUUCGUACAGCAUAUAAUGCCUUUUACACCACAGAAUUCUAAAGCAGUUAAAACUUAAUGGUUCAUGUAAGAGUCAGUAUUGUCCUACUGGCUUGGCAGACUUGUUUGUACUUAAGGGGGUCAAUAAAUAAUUUCCCCAUAACAAAUUCUGAUGUAUAAUUGUUUUACUAAAACGGGCCUGUAAAGAAAAGUUCAUCUGGAAUACAAAGGAGUGAUGCUUCAUUCUGGACAUCUGGCUGCAUUAGUUUCACUAAAUGCAUUUAAGUUUUGUCUGAUGGCAAAAGAGAAUGUUUAACUGUUGGAUCUUGUUUAAUGCCAGCGGAGCAUCACUUGAAAAAGUGAACUAUUUGAUCUCCCAUUUGCACUGCAGCUUGCUAUGCUCCCAAGGCUCUGUGGACCUUUGGAGAGGUGGUGGGGUAGCUGCAGCUGGUGGGUGAAUUUGCUAAAAAUUACCUUUCCUGUUUUAACUGACAGUGCCUUCCACCAGCAGAAAACAUAGGUAAGAUCUUUCAAGCCAGUGUUUCAGCAGAAACGAUCUGACAGAACCCUGUCAAAAUUUGUAAGUUAGCUAUCCUUCCAUGAGUGAACAUUAAAGCUAAUAAACCGCUGACAGAACCCUGUCAAAAUUUGUAAGUAGUCAUUAAAAAUUGUGCAAUUGGAAAUGCAUUAAAAAUUACAUUAGUGCAGUGUCAGUUUUGUUCUAGGUAAGUAUGGUCAAUCUGUAUUUCACUUAACUGUCUUUAAAAAUAGUUAUAUUAAUCAAGCUAGAUUUAUGUAUAAUCUGUAAUUCUGAUAACCUGAGGAAAUGUGGUGGAGAUUCUAUUCCAAAAAGAAGGAUGUCUGUUCUUAAUUGGUGGUAAAGGGCUCUCAGGAAGAGAGUGCUCAUUCUAUGAAAGCAGUAGGAGUGCCUGCUGGGCCUUCACAUUUUCAGGGGCUUCUGCAUAAACUCUACACUGUUGUAUUGAACCUACAAGCUGUCUGCAGAUGUGUGUCUAGAGCAUACACACUAUGGUGAUCAGUAUAAUGCCACAUUGCUAGUUUUCUUGUUCAAUGUUGGGUGUCAUGCUGGAAUAGAGAGGGUUUAUGGUAGGCUUGUCCUGCAUAGGCUCCUCCAUCCCUGGCACUUGAAUUUUAUCUGACGUCCACUCUGUAACUAACUGCUAGGUCUGUUGAGAUCAGUCCUGAACCCGGUUGACCACCUUACAUGCUCUGCACAGAGCCAAGUCUGCCUACAUAAAUAUCUUCUUCGUAUUCAUUUGACCUGAAUCGAACCUGUAUAUAGAAAUGUUUAGCACUGAGGCCUUAGACUGCUGUAAAGAUUCCCAAUAUCAUAUCACUGCUGAAAAUGAUGUGAUCAUAGUUUUUUCUGCAUAGUAAUAGUCAAAGGAAAUUGGCAUUACAUUGGAUGAAUUGUGCCUAACUAGCUGGCUGCAGCAAUAGCUGCACUGGUUGCUUUCAGAAAGUUUCAGGAAAGGUAGUGACAAGUUUCUACUGCAAAAGUAUAUACGCUGUAUUGAACAGACUUAAUUGUGAACAACUACAGUAGCUGAAAGGUACAAAGCAAAUAUAAUGGCUGUUAAUAAGCACUCAGUGAAACCCACACAAGGAAGCAAGUGGAGUAAACGUGCCAAGCCUGCAAACAAUUCCAGCCGGGACUAGUGGAUACCUGUAUAAGAAACUAUGUCCAAAUAGUUACUUUUUUCCUUGCCUGCUGUGCAGCUGUAACACUGCAUUGUUGAACAUUCUGUCCAAAGACAGCUCUCAAAAAGGGGGGAAUGAAGAAAAGUACUUCUGUAAGUUCCAUAUUGAUGGGGAGAGUUCAGGGGAUGCAGCUGUCACACAAUGCAUAGAAUGAGGUAGUAGAAUUCUAGAUGGUACCACUGCAAGUUUAUCAGGAGAGGUUACUUUUGAAUGAUCCCCUCUCUCUCUCUAGGAAACAGGGAGGCUUACUGCAGCUUGGCCCCUGUGGAAUAGCUUGCUUCACAAAGACAGUAUCUUACAGGAGAAACAAUAAAAUAUUUCACAUCUAAUUUAAAGUUCAACAGUCCAGUCUUACCACUUCCUUCUCUGCAGUAUAGAAUGGUUAUGAAUCAGGAAGGCAUAAUAUGAAGAAAUACUUCAGGACCAGGGAUUCUCUCAGAAAUCUGCUUUUAUGUGGGAUAAUUGUGUGAACAGGGAUGUCUUUAAACUGUAAAAUCAGAUGCAGUCAUUUUUAAGAGGCAUAAAUGGCUUCAUUUUAAUGAAGCAAAUUAAAUACGACAAACUUCAUGCUGCUAAAUAAUGCAUUCACUCAGGCCUAUUAAACUAUUAAUACCCACAAAUGGCAAGAUCACAAACACAGAUGAAGAAAAGUGGUCCAAAAGGUUGAAAGCAGUCUGUAUGGGAUAGGAAUGGGUGGAAGUUUCAUGGUGCCUCAGUUUUUAUUUAAGUUGUAAAGAGAACACUUCCCUACCUCACAGGGGUGUUGUGAGGGUAUCUUCAUUGUAGAAUGUUUUUGAGUUUCCCUGAUGGAAGGUGCUACAGAAGUGCAAAGCAUAGCUAAUCAGCAGAGGUCUGGUAGCUGCUUGUCACAAUAAGCAAACAUUCAACUUUCAUUUUCAUUACAGUAUUUUGCUACAAUACGAGGCUUCUCUACAAAACAUAUAUAGGUCAUGUAACAAUGAUCAUGUAACGAUGAAUUUGCAAGAAGGCAUGGUUGAGUUUUUUCGAUCUUUAUGCAUCCUUUCUGGUUUUACGUGAUUAACUGUGCAGAUCUAAUUGUAUUAACAAGGUUCUUGGGUUUUGCAUGGAAGAUCAAUUGUUAUUUUUUGUAAACUCCCUGAAUAAAAUAAACUUGCAUUC